CAGUCCCUCCGCCGCCGCCCGCUAGCUAGCCGCCCGCACGCCGCCGACCGCCCACCGUCUCCACCACGCCGUCACCUGUCUCCUUCAUCCUCCUGCACCCCCAUUGCUUAGGCCCCGAACACUACUAACCCUGUGCUAGAGUUCGGGGAGAGGCCAAGGCGCGGUGGUGGACGGCGCCAUCCCUCUCAGAUCCGGGGCUGAGAGAGGGAGGGGGGGAGGGAGGGAGGGAGAAGAGGUGGGUCACCUGCGAGAGAGAUCACUCGCGCCCUCGCUCGUCAGUCGUCACCCAGGGGCCGCCACCACCGCCACCAUGCCAUGGGCUUCCUCCGAUCUGCGCUCGCCGGUUCGUUCGAAGAAGGAUCUGGUCGUUGACUGCUGGUGAUUCCCCUCCCACCGGUGAUCAGCCAUGACUUGGAAUAGUACUUCUAUCCAGCAAGCAUCGUUUUGGAUGUGAGUUCGAGCUCAAGCAACAAGCAGAGCAUCAAAAACAGGGGCUCUAUCUGCUAAUGGGGUAGCCGACAAUGCAGUCUAAGAGGUACAUCUCGUGUGAUUUCUGGAUAUGAGAACUUGAGAAGAACAAGCUUGAUGCUAUUACUGAAAAAAAGAAUCUAUGCUACAGGAUUCUUCUUUGCAUCCCGUACACUUGGACGGAGUGGGAGGCCGCCGCAGCGAUGCUGGACUCGGAGCCCAAGCCAUCCCACGCCGCCAACAACUUGCACCUCUUCGCGGAAAUCACCACAAGUGUGAUGUCUGUAUAGAAAAUCAGUACUGGCAGUCUGAUGCCUUCAGAAUUGGCUCUCAAAACUUUCAACCAAGAUUAGAGCUAGCGUGCAGUUUGCAGUUUAUAGUCAUACUCAUACUCAAUGAGUCCCUACCUCGGCUUCUGGGCAAGAUAUUCUUUACUUUUAGCAACCACUAUUGUUCAGGAAUUUUGAGUGGCGCACAUCCUAGUAUGGUGAGAGGCAAGCCGACGACCGGACAUCAUUUGUCAAGGAAGCAAACAGAACGACUACACUCACAAGGAACCAUGAAGCCAACGAUCCACGUCAACUAGAUGUUUUAGCUUUCAUUUUGUACAACUGAUGUCUCAUACUUGCAUCUUUUGGCUGUCCUUUUGUAAACCUGAUGUAUGGUGUCUCAGUGGUUUUGUUUAGAAAAGAUUGAAAUGUAUGUAUGUGCCAAUUACUUAAUGGAAUAAAAAAUGUUUGAUGGUCCCGAUGUGA